CAUUCCAUCACUCUCAGAAAUAAAAAUUGAGCUCCCUUCAACGCGCGUCUUCCUCCUCUCUCUCUCUCUCUCUCACACACACACCCCAGCCAUGAGCCUAUUCGGUUUGGGAAGCCGGAACCAGAGAACAUUCCGCCCAAAAAAGAGUACACCUUCUGGAAGUAAGGGAGCUCAGCUUAGAAAGCAUAUUGAUGCCACAUUAGGAAGUGGAAAUCUGAGGGAAGCCGUAAAGCUGCCUCCCGGGGAAGAUUUAAAUGAGUGGCUUGCUGUCAAUACUGUUGAUUUCUUCAACCAGGUGAAUCUGCUUUAUGGUACCCUCACAGAGUUUUGUACUCCAGAGAAUUGCCGUACAAUGUCUGCAGGACCCAAGUAUGAGUAUAGAUGGGCAGAUGGUGUACAAAUCAAGAAACCUAUCGAGGUUUCUGCGCCGAAAUAUGUAGAAUAUCUAAUGGAUUGGAUUGAAGGCCAGCUUGACGACGAAUCCAUAUUCCCACAAAAGCUUGGUUCGCCAUUUCCACCAAACUUUAAGGAAGUUGUGAAGACGAUAUUCAAGCGCUUGUUCCGUGUGUAUGCUCACAUAUAUCAUUCUCACUUUCAGAAAAUUGUGAGCCUCAAAGAAGAGGCACACCUCAACACAUGCUUCAAGCAUUUUAUACUCUUUACCUGUGAGUUUGGUCUGAUUGACAAGAAGGAGCUGGCUCCCCUUCAGGAGCUUAUAGAAACAAUCAUUAUUCCAUAUUAGAUAAAUUGGAUUGAGAUCCAACUUGGUGUGAAAAAUCAUAUCAUAUAAAGUUCAACUAAUGUAUCAGUCUUAACAUAAAUAAUGCUAUUUAAUAUCUGACUCAAGAAAUACUUGUAUUUAUUUAUGUUUAGAUUUGUUUGGGGCUAUAAACUAAUUUCCCUUUAUACCAUUCAUGCAAAGUAUUGUUAUGUAUAGAUGAGCUGGGGCACCAUGCAGCCCCAUUCUAAAAUUAAUAUUCAAAAGUUUCUUGCUC